UUUUUUGCAGAUGCAGAAGCGGAACUUUGAGGGUUUUUUUUGUAUUGACCGACUUCAAUACAAGAAGAAGAAGGAGCGGAUUUCACUUUUAGAUUUUUAUAUCUCGCUUCAGUUCGUGACAGAUCUGCUCAUCGACAUUGCAGGAUUAAAACGUGCGCGAGAGGAACCAAGAUGGUGAACAACUUCUCCGAGUGCGAGAGGUUUCAGAUGGCGCUGUUGCCCUCGGUGUACGGGGUGGAGUUCAUCGUGGCCCUGGCGGGAAACCUGUUUGCCCUGUGGCUCCUGGUGGUCAGAGGGAGGAGGAACUGGCACACCGGUGUCGUCUUGUCGUGUAACCUGGCCGUCAGCGACCUGCUCUACAUCCUCACGCUGCCUCUGCUCAUCGCCUACUAUUCGCUGGGGAAAAACUGGAUGUUCGGCGCCGCCGCCUGCAAAAUCGAGAGGUUCCUUUUCACGUGCAACCUCUACGCGAGCAUCUUCCUCAUCAUGGCGAUAAGCGUGAACCGGUGCGUGGCCCUCGCGUGGCCCUUCUUCGCCCGCUCCCACGUGAAGCCGGCCCACGCCAAAGCCGCCAGUGUCGGCAUCUGGAUUGUCGUCGGUUGCAUUUCCUGCCCCGCGUUGAAGUUCGCCUCCGUUUGCCAGAAUGCCCACACGAAGAAGGUCCUGUGCGUUUCCUUCUGCGACCAGAAUCCCGGAGACGAAGUCGCCCACUUCAAGUAUAAAGUGUUUCUGGCCGUGUUUGGCUGCCUCGUGCCCUUCGUGGUGACCUUCGUUUCGUACUGCGUGGUGAUCUGCACGGUGUGCAAAAGUGUCAGCAUAACCAGGCUGGAGAAACGCAAGGUGGCGCUGUUGGUAAUGUCCGUGAUUGCACUCUAUGCCGUGUCCUUCUUGCCCUACCACGUGUUUCAGAUGUAUCACUUGUAUCAGAGGAUCCAUGAUCUGUCCACGUCCGCCUGCUGGGUUUAUAACAUGUACCAAGUGUCAAAGGGCCUGGCCACGCUCAACAUGUGCAUCCACCCUGUCCUUUACAUGGCUUUGUUUGACAGUAUUAGAGUGGCUUGUUGUUGUUGUAGUAAAAACUCAAAGGACAACAACAGCAUAGUGAUGAGAAAGUAGAGCUGCACGUCCUUUUUAUAUUUUGAAAAAAUCUGUUAUUGACAUUUUUUUUGCCUUUUUUAACAUAA